GGGCGUUCUCGAAGCCGGGGCUUUGAAGGGUGGGGAAAGGGGAAGGUGGGCGCGGCGUACUACGUGUCCCGUGAGUCUCCGCGGCGGGGCGGGGCCGCGUCGACGCGAGAAGGUGGAGGCGGAGCUGGAGUUGGAAAGACAGGCAAUCCAAGGUUUCUUCUAAGGCCAGAAGAGCAAAGGACCCACCCACUCUAAAGAAACUGAAAAUUGGACAAACUGGGAAAAAGCUUUAGAUUGUUUCUCUCCAGGUUCUAGAGGCCAGAAGUUUGAAAUCAAGGUGUCAGGAGGGUUGUUUCGUUUGGAGAUCCUUGAGAUUAAAUGCAUUUAUGGAAAAAGAAAAAUUGGAUGGUAAGAUAAUAGUAGAAUAUUGUAACACUGCAAUGGAUCCCUCAGCAGAAAACAGUAUGUAUGUAAACAAAGUAUGGGUUCAGUGUGAGAGUGAAAGCUGUUUGAAAUGGAGAUUGUUGUCAAGUGAGGAUGCAGCCAGAGUUGACCACAAUAAACCAUGGUACUGCUUCAUGAACGCUGAUUCAAGAUACAGUAACUGCUCUGUUUCUGAAGAAGACUUCCCUGAAGAGUCUCAGCUUCAUGAAAGUGGAUUUAAGAUUGUCUAUUCACAGCUCCCUCUUGGAAGCCUGGUUUUGGUAAAAUUACAGAAUUGGCCAAGUUGGCCUGGGAUACUUUGCCCAGAUCCUUUUAAAGGGAAAUAUGUGAUCUAUGACCUGGAUGGAAAUGUUGAACAAUAUCAUAUAGAAUUCCUGGGAGAUCCCCAUUCAAGAUCAUGGAUAAAUGCAACAUUUGUUGGACAUUAUAGUAUCACAUUAAAGCCAGAAAAAUGUAAGAAAAAAAAGAAAUGGUAUAAAAGUGCACUACAAGAAGCCCGCCUCCUCUAUGGAUAUUCCCAUGAGCAAAGACUGGAAAUGUGCCACCUAUCCAAACAGGAUAAAUCCAAAGCAGAUGGCAAAGUUGCUGUGGUAGCCAAGAAAAGGAUGCAAGUUUCCAAAAACACAACAGAAAAGAAGAAGCCCAAAUUUAGAAGGAAAAGGAAAGCUAUUUUAAAAUGCUCUUUUGAAAAUGUUUGUUCAGAUGAUGCCUUAUCAAAGGAAAACAUGGUUGUCUCUGAGACCGAAGUUUUACUGAAGGAGCUGGAGCAAAUGCUACAGCAGGCGCUAGACCCCACAGGGGCACCUGAUGAGCCUGAAGAGGAGCAUGGAGAGGAGCCCUGUUUGGAGUCUCUAAACCAAGCUGAUUCCUGCAGCACGCUCCUGCAUGGCUCCUCCCAGAAGAGAAAGGUGAGUCUCCCUGGAUCUGCUGCUUGUUGGGUCCCUGUCUGCGAAGCACUGGCCGACUGUACCUCGGAUCACAGUUUAAGAACUCACCUCCGUCACCAUGAGAGUACCUUAGACAUGACACAUUCUGGCCCCUGAGUCUGGAUCGUAAGAGAUUCUGUGGCUUCCACUUUACUCUCGUUUUGGAUCCCUCAUCUGGAUGAAUCCAGUGGCAUAUCGUGAGGACACUCAAGCACAGGUCCAUGUGGUGGAACUGAAGCCUUCUGCUGACACCAGCGCUGACUUGACAGCACACAAGGGACCCCGUCUGGAAGUGAUCCUCCAGCACCCAUCACGCCUUCAGAUGACCAUAGCCCUGUAUCUCGACUGCAAUCUCAUGAGACCUUCUGAGCCAGAACGACCCAGCUGAGCAUGCCAUAGAAACUGUGUGUGAUAACAAAUGUUCAUUGUUAUAAGUUACUAAUGUAUUGGGUUAAUUUGUUCCACAGCAACAGAUAGCUAAUAUAAUGUGUGACAGGCUCUUCUCACCAAGUAGAUGAUAAGCAUCUUAAGAAGAAGAAUCAUAAUCUUUCAUUUCUUGCAGUGACUCGCAUUGUAUUGAGAUAUUAGUCAAAGUAAAUGAUGUUAAUGCUUCACAGUUACCUUCUGGUCAAAUCAACAAAUAUUUAAUAUCCACCAGACACUAGGAGCUAAGGAAAGCAGUAAACAAAAACGAACAAAGUAAAUGCUAGUGGAUAAGACAUUAUAGAAAUAAUUUUUAAAAAAUAGGUAUGGACCAGGUCAGUGAAGAUGUGAAGCUAAGAGGAAAAAUCAAAGAUGGGGAUGCUAUUUUAUAUAUUCAAUACAGGAUGUCAGGAAAGCUUUCUCUGAUAAGACAUUUAAUAAAAGAACUAUGCAUGUGUCUGGGAAGGAGCAUCCCAGGCAGAGGAAACCGCAAGUUCAAAGGCCAUGAGACUGGAAGAAUGUGGCACAUUCAGUAAGACACCAUUUUUUGCAGAUUUCUCUAGUUAGCUCCUGUGUUUCUCACCAGUCCAACUAUACCUUUAAAUCUCUCUCAGUGGCUUGGACACUUCUUUCUCUUGUUUUCUAAAUUUGAACUGGGCACUGGAUGUUGGAGUACUUUAAACAGACUGAUUUAUGUAAAUGAAUCAUUAUAUAAACAUGGACAUGGCUAAUGAGUGAAAAUAGGCUAAUAUUUGUAGCUGGAAUGAAGAAUUAGAAAAUUCACUGAUUGCAAUCUUCCUUUCAUUACUUUUGCCACUUGAAGCUUUCUGACUUCAUUAAAGCCAUUAGUGCCCACCAAUAAAUUACAUAGCUUUUGUAGUAACACAAAUAUGUGUGAAUGUGUCUGACAUUGCAGGAAAUAAUCAGGCUCAAUCAAUAUAUGUUUAUCAAGACAUUAGGUCUCAAAUCGAUGAGUAAUUAGCUCUCCCAACAGAAGAACAAAUAAAAUUCUGUUUCCUAAAUGUUCCUGUCAUUCUAGGCUGCGAAUUUCCUCUUUUCCCUCUCUUGCUGGAAGAAACACAUGUCACAAUGAAUCGAGUGAUCACUGACUAAUGAGUUCUGCUUUGA